GGUUCACAUCUUUAAGAAGGUAAAUCCAGAACUCAAGACCUUACUCUCCGUCGGAGGGAACGCUAAGCUGAUGUCCGAGGUCUCGGCCGACCCUUUGAAACGUCAGAGCUUCGUGUCCAGCGCCGUCAGCCUCGCCAAGAACCACAGCUUCGACGGUCUGGACUCGGACUGGAUGUAUCCUGGCGACGAAAACGGAAGCCCGGAGGAUAAGGAAAAUUACAUCCUACUCCUGACUGAACUCCGAGAGGCGCUGGUGAAGGAGCAACUCUUACUAACGGCCGCCGUGUCUCUACAAAAACCGGUCAUUGACUUGGCCUACGACAUCCCCGCCAUGUCAGCAGUCACGGAUCUACUUAUUCUGCGUGGCUACAAUUUCCAUGGUACUUACGACACCUACACCCACCACCACGCCCCUUUGUAUGGCCAUCCGGGGGAUACGGGAAACAAUCUGUUCCUGAAUAUUGACUACGGCGUCGACUACUGGGUAUCGGGAGGAGCAGACAAGAGCAAGCUGGUCUUAGGUCUUGGGACUUUCGGCAUCUGUUGGGCUUCGGCCACACAAGCGGGGGAACCGGGGCCUUACACAGCGUCGUUGGGCAUCCUCGGGUUCAAUGAGAUUUGCGAGAUGCAGCGAGACAACGAGUGGACGGUGGUUCUCGAUCCGGAUAUGAACGAGCCUUAUGCGUUUUAUACGGAAAACAAGAUCUGGUGCGGCUACGAGGACGCGCUCUCAAUGUGGGUCAAGGGUCAGUACGCCCGGAGCCAAGGCCUGGCGGGGGUGAUGGUCUGGAGUCUGGAGACGGACGACUUCUCGGGGUCCUGCACGGGGCGGCCUACAACCUCAUCAGGUCCAUGA